UUGGGCUCCUCGUGUUGCUUUUCUCACUUUGACAUGUCAUCAAAUUUAAGUCUGUGUAGGGAAAUUAUUGUUAGUAAUAUUAAUCCAAUCUGGAAAUAAUUAGGUCGAUGAAAAUGUGAUUGUAGCCCCAGUAAUGGUUAGCUAGCUAGUAUGCACGCACUUUUUUGCACGCACGUGCUUGUAUUUACAUUUGGGGGGAUAUGACGUCAUAUGUUUUGAACAAUAGUGACAGCGGGCUGCUUUUUGCUAGUUGCUAGCUAUUGCUAGUUAUUUCGUCUAUUUCCUCUGAAUUAAUUUAUCCUGCAUUCCUGAUGCACCAGUGAGAGGAAACGAUUACAAUUUCCGUCCAUAUCUGCUUUUGACUUAUUAGGUUACUUUCAAUUGAACUGUGGUGAAAGUCAUUAUGGACCUUCACAAGAUAAUCCACGAUGCAUUGCAUGAGUUCAUACAGACAUACAUUCCUGGUGCAGACCUCAGCACCUUGGAUGAUGUACUUUUGUCCUACAUUACUGGAGUUUUGGAGGAUCUGGGUUCUCAGGAGAGUGUGGAAGAGAACUUUGACGUGGAGGUGUUUGCUGAGAUGCUAGAGGCCUAUAUCCCUGGCUUUGCUGAAAUUGACAGUGUCAAAGUCUGUGAGAUGAUGUUCAGCCUGGCCUCAAAAUUAGCCACAGCCCGAAGUUCAGAAAAGAGUGCACCUACGGCUGGUUUUGAAGAUUUACCUUUAAAGCUCAGCCCCAUCUCUACUGUUCCACCGCCAAGAGAAACAAAUCAUCAGAUGACACAGAUAGAGGGUGCCACCGCAAAGAUAACCAUCCCUGAAUUUGAGGCUCAGGAGCAGCACCUCCUAGAAAUGUUCCCCAAGUGCAGCCUAUCAGAUGCCAGGAGUGCCCUGUCCAUCGCAAAGGGAGAUAUGGAGGAAGCUGUGCGCCUCAUCAUCGAGGGAGAUGUCCAGUUUAGCCCCUCCCCUCUCAAUGUACACCAUGGGAAGAUUGUGUCUCGACAAGGAGACCAGAAAAUGAAGGAGAGCAUCCUGGAGAAAUACAUGCUGGUGGACAGAGAGGAUGAUAAGAAAACUCACAGGCCAGUUGUACCCAAAGAGGCCCCCAAAAAGCUUGUGCGUUACCACAGCAACCAGGUGGUGACCACCAAAGGAGAGCGUUACCACCUUGUGAAGAAGGAGGAUUCCGAGGAGAUGAAGAAGACUUAUGUCAGCAUCAAGCCUGCUCGUAAAUACAGAUUCCAUUGAUGACUGGUUUCCAAGGCACGGCAUUUUAUGUAUUUUUCAAAGUAUUGUCUACAUUUCCCUGGUAAAGGAAUACUUCUGUGUUGGUAUUAUGAGUCUUAUUGUCUUAUUUCAGAUUUGUGUAACCAUCUAGUUCUGCCUAGACAUUUUUGCAAUCUUUAUUUUUCAUUUUCACCAUAGGUUGAUGUGUUGGCAUAAAAUUGUCCUUGACUGAAACUUGAAGCACCGUACAUUUAUAAAGAACUGGUAAAAUAAAGGUCAUCAGAAAUGUUUUGAGACGAUAGACGCAUGGACCCCCAGAGCUUGUGGGCCCAUCCAGGGUGUGGCUGCUUUGCCAGUGUCUUUUAAAGAUCAAACAUACCUAUUUACCGUUGAUACAUUUUUACCAACCAUUUAUACAUUUAUUUCAAAUGGUUGGUGGAUGGCUGACAAGUUUAUAACAAUGUGUUGCCAAUACUACUUUUACAGUUUUUUUCUUUUGCCAUCUCAGCUGGCCUGAUGUUGCAGUAACUGUCUUGUUUAUGUGUUUACUUCUUGAUAUAUUGAUUAAGUUAAUUUGACUACCGUUAUCAGAAGAACUCAUUCAUUAUGCAAUACACCUUGAGUCUUGCAGAGAUUUAAAUACAUUUCCUGCAUUACUGUCACUGUACUGAAUUAUAUAAAGUGACUUCUUGAUCUUGAUGUUCUGAUUUUGAAUUGGGAUCAUUGACUUGGCAAACAUUGCAGCUCAGUCAACUAUUUGAAAGCUUUUAGUUGGAGUUACCAACUUGAAACAAGUGCAAAUUAAAGUGAAAGUUGCUUGUGCUGUUCUCGAUUGAAGGUGUCAACCAACAAAGGCACUUUGUUUUGUCACAAUAGAGAUUAUGCCAUGGCUAAACCUUUACUUUUUAAAGGUUUUAAGUAUAAAAUUGCAUGUUUUUAUUUUUUAUAUAUAGAUGUCUAGAUUUAAAAGGAUGUUUUUGAAUGUUCUGAAGGGGAUAUCUCUAGGUGCUUAUAGGAUCCAUUUUACUAAAAAAGAUUACAGCCUAAUUCUCUCACGGUAUAACUCGUGUAUCUCAUUUAUGUUCAUUUUGCAUUUACCACUUGUUUGUAUCAUGACUCCCAUUUCUACUUUGCUUGAGAAUUUGUUGAUUGUGCUAUUUUCAAUUGCUAUGAUAUCAGUGGUAAAUUGAGAUAUUUAUGUACCAGAUAUGCUAUUUUGUGUUGUAUAUGAAGUAAAAUAUCUUAGAAUUGUGCUUUUUAGGAGAAUGACACCCUGAUGUUGCUGUUAAAAAUACUUUGAUUUUGUUUUCUGUACUUUUGAUGGUAUGGUCCAGUAUUACAGUAUGUGAGUGAACCACACCAUUGGAUUUUCAUGGUUUAUACAGCUUUUUCAAUUUUACCAGACCAUGGCCUUGUUUUAAAAUAAGCCUUUGUUGUUAUAUGUGGUUGCUACACACUUUUUAAAUAAACCUUCCACAUACAUGU